AGUGAGCUGUAGUGCUUAUGUGAUUACGGUAUUAUCUUUGCUUGGUGACAGUUGUAAUGCAAAGUUAUAUGAAUAUCCAAAGCAGAAGUCUAGUCAAGUAUAGCAGAUAUAUAAUUGUUAAAAUGCCUUUUGUGAUAGGAUACCCAUCUCAGGUUGCGUGCCUAGUCUACUUUUAAGGUCUGCAGUGUGUGUGUAGCAUUAAGCCUUGUAGCUGAAUACCAGUCCGAAGCUUAACCAUGAGUGAGAAGAUGUAACACAGUGAGAGCCCGUCCAUGUCUUAGUUUCAUUAGUAUUUAUAUCAACAAUUUUUAGAGAACUUUGGUGUAAUGUAUGAGUGUUAUCUGUGUGCUGUGCUUUUUUAUGUUGUUACUAUACACUGUGGCAGAAGAAUGGCAUCAUUGUUGUGUUUGUGUGGGAGAGGUGUGGCCCAUGGUAUAGUGUGUUAGAGGCUGGAGGAUGAAGCAGGUUUCAAGACACUUAUUCUCCAACUUUUAUAAUUCUUUACCUCUAUUUAUGGACUAGCACCUCAGUGGGACUUUUCUAUCAAAAUUUUUGUUGUCCGUGGCCAGCACCCUUACAUAAAAUAAAAAUCAAGUCAAAGCAGCAUCGGUAUGGAGUGUGUCAGCAGCACCAUUGAGCCUGAGGUGAUGCCAGAGUUUGUAGGAGUCUCCACUACUGCCACUGCCUUCUUCAGGGUGGCCAGCAGUCUGGAUCAGCUGGAUGGGAAAGAGGCGAUCCAGAAGCACACCCUUCUCUCCACUGGCCGGGGACACCUAGUGGAGAUAGAGGGUGGCAAGAUACAGCGGUCCACCCCCUGUGCCAAGGAUAUCACCAAGAUAGUUGUUCACCACGACUUUGAGCCUCUGCAGCUGUACAUUGUGUUGCUUUGUGGCUCAGGAACGUCUGUGCUUCUUGCCUAUCAGGAUAUGGAGGUCCUGCAUAAGUGGGAGGGAGUGAGGGACAUUGCAUCAGCUGAUUCCAAGGCCACUGGCACCCCUCAGCUGAUCCUCACCAUGCAGGAUGGCCAAGCAGAGGUGAUAUCCAAUGCUAAACUGAUGAGCUAUGCCUAUGGUAGUAGCAAGAAAAGGGAAGAGGAAGAGGAAGAGAGGGAGGACACUGCAGCAGGGAGGAAGGAGGUGGUCCAGGCACUCAAGCACCGCUUCAAGGGAGGAAUCAAGCAUGCAGAGCAGCUCAGAACAGAGAGGAAGAUGAAGGAGGACUUUAUCACAGAAGAGCUUGCUGCCUUACAGUCACAGCUGCAAGGAAAAUGCCAUGAUAAGGAAAGAACUCUAGUGCCGACCCUGAAUAUAGAGGAAAGGGAGACCAGGUCAAAGGAAAAUGUCCCGCCACAGUCCCCAAACCCUCUGAAGGUUCAACGAGUAUACCACAAGUUGAUCCAUGACAAGUGGGUGGUGGGGGUGAAUGUGACUAAUGAAGGAGAGAAUUUAUCUGACAGAGUAUUGGUGAGUGACCUGGAACUCAUCCUGUGCUGUAGAGAGGUGCCACUGUGCCACACUAGCCAGGUGCUAAAGACUGUCAGACACAGCAGACAGGGAGAAGCUGAUGUGAGAGUGACCAUUGACCGCCUAGACCCCCCAGUACUCAGGCCCAAGAAGAAGGCCACAGUUGUAGGUGUGUGUGAGGUACCAUCAUUUGAAAUGGGGCCCUCUGUGUCCUGCUCUGGCUUGUUGUCCUACACCUGCAAGCCUCUCCAGAUAGCAUCCAGCCAGCCAGUGAACACCAAUGAGGAGUGCCAAAGCCUAGAGUACCAAGUGUCUGUCCCUGUGGUGGAACUGAAGGCCAGUGAGCUGCACAACCAUCAGGCAUCCUUGGAGCUCUGCAACUCUUCCACAACAGCUUUUGUGACCUUCAGCAUUGUGGCUUUGGUGGCUGCCAGCAGGUGCACUCAGGUGUCCCUCACUUCAUUAGUGUCUCCCCUCAACACCUUCAUCGACAACAUCUCUCGUCACCACAAGCUUAAUAAGGUGUCUGGUGUGAGUGACUUCUAUGUGCUGCACCCAAGGGAGAGUCAUCCUCUGCAGCACACUGGCUUCACCCUUCACCCCGUCAACUCACACCAUCUGGACCUCAUCCUCUACACAAAGGAUGCAAAACAAGCAUAUGUGCUGGCACACACCCUGUUGGCUACCCUGCCUGAGGAUGCCAGCAUGCAAUUUGUAGAAGGCCCUAAGGACACUGGCAACACUGCCAUCCAGCCCCACAACCUGAACCACAUGCUGAUGGCCAAGAUGAGAGAGGCGGCCACCCACGUUACCGACGGCCUGGAGGCGCAGCUCACCACCAGCAAGGCCCCAAGAACAGAGAGAAAAGUAGGGAGUGGGGAACAGGAGGAUAACUUCACUAAAUACACAAAGGAAAGAGAGGAGCUACUUGCCAGAAAGGGGAAUAUAACAUUUAAGGAGGAGGAAUACAGUGUAUGGAGGAAGAAGUUGCAGGAGAUCCAGACAGAGGUGGAUAGUUUGUACCUCCAGUUUCUUAAAGUAAAUUGUGCUUCAGAUUGAUAUCAGUGAUUA